AUGCUUUUUUUACAAUUAGUAAUUGCUGCUACCCUGGCUAUCAUUGUCUCCACCUCACCACUCCAAAAGGACCCAAUUAGUACCGACAACACCGUUCUGCAAAGAAGAGCUACGGCGGUCGAAGUAUUCGGAAAGAGAUCUCAUGAGCAGAAUCCUUGCAGGAAGUGUGGCACUACUGCAUGUGGCACUCCAGGUUCAAGAUGUCCAGCCAUGGGCUGUUGUGGUUUUUGA